AUGCAAGAAACGGUGGAUAUGGUGGACGACCCCGAAUAUGAGGAAGAGGAGCCCUCCUUUAGCGACCCGGAGGACUUCGAGGAUGACGUCGAUGACGAGGAACUCCUUGAAGACAUCCUGAGGGAGAAACCCCAGGAGGCUGAUGGCAUCGACUCUAUGGUGGUGGUGGACAACGUGCCACAGGUUGGUCCGGAGCGAUUGGAAAAACUCAAGAAUGUCAUCCACAAGAUCUUCUCCAAGUUUGGAAAGAUAACCACCGAGUUCUAUCCAGAGACCGAUGGCACGACCAAAGGGUAUAUAUUUUUGGAGUAUGCUUCACCCAGCCAGGCUCUGGAGGCGGUGAAAAAUGCAGAUGGAUACAAACUGGACAAACAACAUACAUUUAGGGUCAACCUCUUCACCGACUUCGACAAGUACAUGAACAUCAGUGAUGAGUGGGAAACUCCCGAGAAGCAGCCCUUUAAAGACUUUGGUAAUAUGCGUCAUUGGAUCGAGGACGCUGACUGUCGGGACCAGUACAGUGUCAUCUACGAAGCUGGUGAGAGGACAGCCAUAUUCUCCAACGACGCCAAAGAUCCAGUCAUCUCUGAAGAGAGGGCGCGCUGGACAGAGACGUACGUGCGCUGGUCCCCCAAAGGCACUUACCUGGCCACCUUCCACCAAAGGGGCAUUGCUUUGUGGGGCGGCGAGAAGUUCAAGCAAAUUCAGAGGUUUAGUCAUCAAGGGGUGUCCUUGAUCGACUUCUCUCCCUGUGAAAGGUACGUCGUGACUUUCAGUCCGUUGAUGGACACCAAAGAGGACCCACAGGCCAUCAUCAUCUGGGACAUUCUGACCGGUCAGAAGAAGAGGGGUUUCCACUGCGAAAGCGCCGCACACUGGCCUAUAUUCAAAUGGAGCCACGAUGGAAAGUUCUUUGCCAGGAUGACACCAGAUACGCUGAGCAUCUAUGAGACUCCAUCUAUGGGGCUGCUUGACAAGAAGAGUCUAAAGAUCAGUGGAAUCAAGGACUUCUCGUGGUCACCGGGCGACAACAUCAUCGCGUUCUGGGUACCAGAGGACAAGGACAUCCCGGCCAGGGUGACUCUGAUGCAGCUGCCCUCACGCCAGGAGAUCCGUGUUCGCAACCUCUUCAAUGUGGUAGACUGCAAGCUGCACUGGCAGAGGAAUGGUGACUAUCUCUGUGUGAAAGUAGACAGGACUCCCAAGGGAACACAGGGCGUGGUCACAAACUUUGAAAUCUUCCGCAUGAGAGAGAAGCAAGUUCCUGUUGAUGUGGUGGAGAUGAAGGAGAGCAUUAUUGCAUUCGCGUGGGAGCCUAAUGGCUGUAAAUUUGCUGUCCUGCAUGGGGAAUCUCCCAGGAUCAACGCCUCGUUCUACCAUGUCAAAAACAACGGCAAGAUCGAGCUCAUAAAGAUGUUUGACAAGCAGCAGGCUAACAGCAUCUUCUGGAGCCCUCAGGGACAGUUCUUGGUUCUGGCUGGACUCAGGAGUAUGAAUGGCGCGCUUGCCUUUGUGGAUACUUCGGACUGCACCUUGAUGAACAUAGCGGAGCACUACAUGGCCUCCGAUGUGGAGUGGGACCCUACCGGACGCUAUGUGGUCACUUCAGUUUCUUGGUGGAGCCACAAGGUGGACAAUGCUUAUUGGCUGUGGACAUUCCAGGGUCGCCUUCUUCAAAAGAACAACAAAGACCGCUUCUGCCAGUUGUUGUGGAGACCCCGACCGAAUAGCCUGCUCAGUGCAGAUCAGAUCAAGAUGAUCAAGAAGGAUCUGAAGAAAUAUUCCAAGAUAUUUGAGCAGAAGGAUCGUCUGAGCCAGUCCAAGGCUUCCAAGGAAUUGGUGGACAAGCGUAGAGCCAUGAUGGAUGACUACCGUCGCUACAGGGAGCAGGCUCUACAGCUCUAUCAGGAGCAGAAAGACGCUCGCAUAGAACUCCGAGGAGGAGUGGACACUGAUGAGCCAGACAGUAAUGUGGACGACUGGGAGGAGGAGACGAUUGAAUUUUUUAUCAACGAAGAAAUCAUUCCCAUCGGAGAUCUGUAG